AUGGAGUCUAUGGAGCUUAAUAAUACUAUUUCAUAUAAGUGCGCAUGUAAUUUUGAGGACAGUGAGGGUGAAGCUCACAUUUACGACAGCAGCCGAAUCAGUACAAAUACUUUUACCAAGGCCGAGUUGAUGAGUAUUCAUCUGUCUCAAUUGAUGCUACAGCAUAGAAUUGCUAGAGCAGCAUAUAGAGACAUUGUUCAAUUUAUAAACACUGUCAUCCGAGACCAUGACGAUAUAAUGAUGGUCAUGGCAAAACUGUUGAUGCUUUGCUCAAGUCAAAGUCAAGUGUCAAGGGCCAUGAGUAUGAUGUCUGCUCUAGUGGUUGUUGAUUGUAUGGCAUUAAUGAUGACCAGGAAUCUUGUGUUGACUGUGGCAAACCGCAAUACAAGACUGAUCCCGAUCAAACUAACCAACAUUUUUGAUGGUGACAAUUAUAAGCAGUUGGUGCAGCAGGGCCUGUUCUCCAAUCCCGAUGAUAUUGCCAUUGGGCUUUAUACUGAUGGGUUUGUCAAUCAAAAGAAAGACCCAUCCAUCAGAUAUACCAACAAAUACCUUUUGCAACUGGCAAUCUUGCCUGGCCCCAAGAAGCCAACUCAUUUGGACUCCUUUCUUAUACUCAUCAUCAAUGAAUUGCGAGAUCUUAAGGCACAUGGCUUGGUUGUCAAGCACAAUGGAGUGGAGCUUUACAGAUCCAAGGUCUAUCUGCUGCUUGCUUUUGGCGAUAUUCCAGCUGUAGCUGAUAUGGCCCACAUUGGUUCUCAUACAAGUUUAUUUGGUUGCCGUUUUUGUGAGAUUAAAGGCAAAUGCCCUACUAACAGACGGCAUGGCAUGUACUUUGAUGACAUUUCUGCCUGGUUAAGACCUUUGGAAGACUUCAAAGUAGGCAACCCUUCGAAGAACAUAUACCAGCCGAGCAUAUAUACCCAACUCUCAACCUUCUCUGGAUCAUCAUUUUUUGCAUUAGAUGAACUUCAUUUAAUUGCAAGAGGGAUUGGAAAGUUUGUGUAUGACCUGAUUACCGUCACUCUCACAAAGGAAACCAAAUUUUAUUAUACCCAUCCAGACAAUACCCUCAAUACCACUGAAUACCCUUUUCAUAUACCAAGAGCAGACCUUGUAACAAUUGGAAACUGUAUCACCAGCUCACGAAAAUAUAUAUUCACCUCAUUUCAAGGCAGUUUUGACAACGUAUUUGCCAAGAUCGAUGGUACUCUCACAGUGGACUGGCUUGACUUUCUCUUAUACCUUGUCCCCACUUUGUUUGUGCCUUAUUUACCAAAUAGGGCUGUCAAAACAGCUCUAUUAUCUCUUACGUUGACAUCAGAAUUGCUUGAUGAGAUGGAGUUAUACUUCAAGCACUGGCACUCGUUUUUAUACCAACAAGUCCAGAAUAAUACCCUGUCUCAUAGUGUUUUCCGACCAGUUCAACAUUACCUGGUCUAUAUACCCUAUAUCAUCAAGCAGCGAGGCCCCCUGCGAUGCUACUCCACUCGCUCAAUGGAGAGAGUAAUUGGCGUCUUCUCCAAAUUGAUAAAGUCCAAAUCAAAGGGUGGCCGAAAUGCCAGUUUUCUCGUCGAGCGAUUUGCAAUUCACAAUUGUACCAGCACGGCAAUCAGCAUCUGUGAUGAAACCAACCUCAUUCGGCCAAAGCCAUAUGGAAGAGAGAGCUACAUGGACCUUCCUAAUAAUCCUAGUGGUGCGCAGUUGUGGGAGCCAUUUCAUCAGUUUGUUAAUUUGAAUGAUGAUUUGGUGGAAGGUGUAAACGGCCCUAGUAUGAAGGAAGCUUUAUUGAAAUACUACCGGAGAACAACAGGCUUGACUGGCCACGAGUUUGGUGACUCUGUUGUUGUUGUAGCUGCACAUCUGUGGAUGGACUCGACUGUAUAUUCCUCAUGCAUGUACCGAAGAAAGAAAAACGAGACCAGCCAUGGCAACCAUUACGUGAUGUUUACUUGCCCCUAUAGAAACAACCUUAAUGUAAUUGUUCACAGCUGGCUCGUUGGUACAGUACAGUUCUACUUUCAGUAUGUAUAUUUCCAUGGCUUCCUACACUUUUUUGCUUUCAUGGAGGUCAUGAAGGAAUAUGACGCGGCUGGUCAUGACUCAUCAGUACCUAUCGUCAAACAACGGUCACAAAGCACCCAUACACUAGGCCACCAAACGCAACUGACUUAUGCAGUUAUAAGUGUAAAUGACAUUUGUCAUCAAGUUGGUCUGGUCCAAUACCCACCGAAUGGAAACAAGUUUUAUGUAAUCGCGCCCUAUUAUAUCUUUAACAACAACAUAUGCAUUACUAAAGGCAAUCUUUCCAUUCUGUAA